UCCAAUUACAGCUAACAGCUGUUCCUUCUGUCGGCAAAUCAGAAAAAAAUAAGCAUUUGUACAAAUUUCCAGAAAUUACUAAAUAAAACUAAACAUCCAAGUAUAAAAUGACUAGCUACGAUUCCUAUGGUACACCAACUAAACCGGAUACCAAUUGCCGGACAUGCACUGAUUUCAAAUUUUGGUCAAAACAACAGCGGCAAAUGUUUCAAAAAACGACUGAUAACAAAGAUGCAGCAAAGAGCGGGGCUGGAGAUAGCAACGAUAACAGCUUACCUAGAGAGGAUUGUCCAUUGGACAAAUCUAAGUUGGGCCAAUCCACAUGGGGUUUGCUACACACCAUGGCCGCUGUUUACUCUGACAAUCCCACAGAUAAUCAAAAAAGUGAUAUAAAAACUUUCUUUGAUGUCUUCUCCAGGCUUUAUCCUUGCGAGUAUUGUGCAAAGGAUUUUCGUAAAGACCUACGAGAAAAUCCCGUUAAGGUGGAUUCGCAACAUGAAUUCUCCCAAUGGCUAUGCCAAUUCCACAAUCGUGUCAAUGCAAAAUUGGGAAAAGCCCAAUUUGACUGCAGCAAGGUAAACGAAAGAUGGCGAGACGGUUGGUUAGAUGGUUCUUGUGAUUAACUUAACUAUGUUGCAUAUGUUAUUAUUUUCAAUUUUAUUAUGGGUUAUAUUUGGAUUGGAUAUGUAAUUGAUUAGACGAUGUAGACCUGUUAAUGUAUUAAGUAGACAUAACUAUUAUCAUAUAUUAUUGGAUGGAAACAUGAGCUGUUGUUUUUUCUACACUGCUUUCAGUUAAAAUUUUUCGAAAAGUUUUUAAUUCCUGUAUGGAAAAAACUAUACAAACACCAUUUUUUGUUUCAAAUGUAAAUAUAUUGAUGUAAUUUUUACACUAUAA